CAGUUCCGCCCAGUGACGUAUUAAGUUCAUUCACAGCGCUUUUAUAAGGGCACCGGCGGAGGCGCCUACUACUCCAACCGCGACUGCAGCUAGCAACCGAGAAGACUGGAGAGAGCCGGCGGCGCGGCGAACGAGCAGUGACCGCGCUCCCACCCAGCUCUGCUCGGCAGCUCGCACCAGUGUCAACCCCCGGACCCCUCGCCGGGAUUUCCCUAAACCUCGACCAUGAUGUUCUCCGGUUUCAACGCCGACUACGAGGCGUCAUCUUCCCGCUGCAGCAGCGCCUCCCCGGCCGGGGACAACCUUUCCUACUACCAUUCCCCAGCCGACUCCUUCUCCAGCAUGGGCUCCCCUGUCAACGCACAGGACUUCUGCGCAGAUCUGUCCGUUUCCAGUGCCAACUUUAUCCCCACGGUGACAGCCAUCUCCACCAGCCCAGACCUGCAGUGGCUGGUGCAACCCACCCUGGUCUCCUCCGUGGCCCCAUCGCAGACCAGAGCUCCCCAUCCCUACGGAGUCCCCACCCCGUCGACUGGGGCUUACUCCCCCAGGGCGGGAUUGGUGAAGACCAUGUCAGGCGGCAGAGCGCAGAGCAUUGGCAGAAGAGGCAAAGUUGAGCAGUUAUCUCCGGAAGAGGAAGAGAAACGGAGAAUCCGAAGAGAGAGGAAUAAAAUGGCCGCAGCCAAAUGUCGGAAUCGGAGGAGGGAGCUGACCGAUACUCUCCAAGCGGAGACAGACCAACUUGAAGACGAGAAGUCUGCGCUGCAGACUGAGAUUGCCAAUCUGCUGAAGGAGAAGGAAAAACUGGAGUUCAUUUUGGCAGCCCACCGCCCCGCCUGCAAGAUCCCCGAUGACCUGGGCUUCCCAGAAGAGAUGUCUGUGGCUUCCCUGGAUUUGACUGGGGGUCUGCCUGAGGCUGCCACCCCAGAGUCUGAGGAGGCCUUCUCGCUGCCUCUUCUCAAUGACCCUGAGCCGCCCAAGUCGUCGUUGGAGCCAGUCAAGAGCAUCAGCAAUAUGGAGCUGAAGGCUGAGCCUUUUGAUGACUUCUUGUUCCCAGCUUCCUCCAGGCCCAGUGUCUCUGAGACCGCCCGAUCUGUGCCAGACAUGGACCUGUCCGGUUCCUUCUAUGCCGCAGACUGGGAACCCUUGCACAGCAGCUCCCUGGGGAUGGGGCCCAUGGUCACGGAGCUGGAGCCCCUGUGCACCCCGGUGGUCACCUGUACUCCCAGCUGCACUACUUACACGUCUUCCUUUGUCUUCACCUACCCUGAGGCCGACUCCUUCCCCAGCUGUGCAGCUGCCCACCGAAAGGGCAGCAGCAGCAAUGAGCCCUCCUCUGACUCCCUCAGCUCACCUACACUGCUGGCCCUGUGAGCAGUCAGGGAAGGGGAGGCAGCCGGCAUUCACAAGUGCCACUGCCUGAGCUGGUGCAUUUCAGAGAGGAGAAACUCGUCUUCCCUCGAGGGUUCCCGUAGACCUAGGGAGGACCUUAUCUGUGCGUGAAACACACCAGGCUGUGGGCCUCAUGGACUUGAAAGCAUCCACAUCUGGACUCAAGUCCUCACCUCUUCCGGAGAUGUAGCAAAAACAAAAAACAAAAAACAAAACAAACCACAAAAAACCGCAUGGAGUGUAUCGUUCCUAGUGACACCUGAGAGCUGGUAGUUAGUAGCAUGUGAGCCAGGCCUGGGUCUGUGUCUCUGUUCUCUUUCUCCUUAGUCUUCUCAUAGCAUUAACUAAUCUGUUGGGUUCAUUAUUGGAAUUAACCUGGUGCUGGACAUUUUCGGAUUGUAACUAGUGCAGCUGAUUUUAACAAUACCUACUGUGUUCCUGGCAAUAGCGUGUUCCAAUUAGAAAUGACCAAUAUUAAACUAAGAAAAAGAAUAGAACUUUAUUUUCCAGUAGAUAGAAUGAAAUAGCUAUAUCCAUGUACUGUAGUUUCUCGUCAACGUCAAUGUUCAUCGUGAUGUUACUGAUCAUGCAUUGUUGAGGUGAUCUGAAUGUUCUGACAUUAACAGUUUUCCAUGAAAACGUUUUAUUGUGUUUUCAAUUUAUUUAUUAAGAUGGAUUCUCAGAUAUUUAUAUUUUUAUUUUAUUUUUUUCUACCCUGAGGUCUUUCGACAUGUGGAAAGUGAAUAUGAAUGAAAAUUUUAAGCAUUGUUUGCUUAUUGUUCCAAGACAUUGUCAAUAAAAGCAUUUAAGUUGAAUGCGA